AUCUUUGCUUCAGACAACUUAAAAAAAAAGUUUGCCACCAAGUUCACAUAAUCUUAAAACCUAUUCCACGUGGUGGGCAAUGCUUAGAAUCAGGCUCACGCCUUUUUUCCCCCCCCCCCAUUGAAACGGGAGUGAAAGUGAAAACAUCUGCUUGUGGAUUUGCCCCUAACUACAGCACAGUUGAAGCAGAUCACAGGUGGUCUGGUGCAGGCCUUGUCCCGGGCCGGGAGGGAGCAACAUUGCAGGCGAGUGCCCAGUCGCGUCUGCGUCUGCGGCUGCGCGCCCGGGCCCGGGCCCGGGCCCUGGCCGUCUCCAUGGUGACCCAGGAUACGGCCAUGCCGCGACACAAGCCCAAAACGGGAAGGUCGCAGCACGACUCGCACUCGUCCCGCAGAGGCGCCGACAAGGCGGUGACCGGCAGCAGUUCGAAUGAAGAGACCACCGUAAAGGAAAAAGAAAACCCAUUGGCCUGGAAACUUAUUUCCUCAUCCCAGAUGUCUGACCUUGAACCAUUAACAGUGGAUUUGGCUCAGAAAGCAUUAGCAGAAAUUUUGCAACUCAAACAGUACGAACAUUCCAUGAAGGAAGGCAUCCUCUUGGAUUAUUAUGUCUCUGGAUUUUUGUGGGCCAAAGAGCAAACUUUUACAAUACUUCAAAUAUCUGCCUUCAUGACUCUAUUAAAUGUCAUUUUGGAGAACAUCAACGACAAACACUUGCCAUUGCUGGAUAAUUUAAAAGAGCUCUCAAAACUCAUGACUGAAGUCAGUCAGUCAAGUUCAGAUAUAACUCGUGGCGUGGAAUUCUUCACCGUCGACCAGUCAAAGGCCAUUAUUAAUUACAUGAAGAUCAGUGUAUUUCAGCAUUACAGACUUUACGAGUUUCUUUUCCAUCAUACUCCUGACCUAAAGAUUCUAGACACUCAGCUUGAGGUUGAAGUUAUCAAGUCAGCAGAUCCGUUCCCUUCACCAUUGGAGGAGAGUUUAUUUUGGGAUAUCUAUUCAUCCUACAUUCUACAGCAGCCAACAGAGGAAGCAGAACCUGAGGUUGUGCAAGAGACUGAAGAAGAGAUGGAAGUUAAAGACUCCACAACUGAGGAUGCUCUGGCAUGUUAUAACAUGGAUGAUGUCACAUCAAUGCUGAGUCAAGUAACAGGCGAAAUGCUCAGUAAUAUUCAGAACGAGAUAAGUGAAAAACUGCAGAAGCAAGAGGAGGCCUUCACUACAAGAAUCAAUAAACUGAAGAAGCCCUGAGCAUUGAGACAGGAGCAACUGCUGAACUUCCCCAGUAAACCACAGCCCUGCGGAGGUUGCUGCUUGCUGAGCCACUUAUUUAGUUGGAAAGUAGGUGAUUCGGAGGACAAAUCUCAACAAUGUUCCUUGUGUUUAUGAGGAAAUAUUCAACGUUUUGUUUGAGAAUGCAUUUUAUUUCCUCAUGGUUUGUGUUCCUACGUAGUGCAUGUAGACAAUAAAGGGUCCUGAUGACAAAGCCCAUCAUAUAUA